AUGUCUGAUGUAUUACUUGUUUCUUUGAGUAUUUUACUUUCAUUAUCAGUUCUUGGUACACCAGGAUUAUAUAUUAUCGAAGGAUUUUUACAUGGAUUUACAUUAGGUAGAACAUUAACAGCAAUUAUUCUAUGUUCUGUUCAGAUAAAUCUUAUUAUUAUAUUAUGUAUAACAAAAAAUGUCAAAACACUUACAAUGUUUCUUAUUAUUGAUAUCGUCAUUAUUGUAAUCUUAUUUAUAAUUGAAAUUAUUUCGUCAUGGAAUUUUAUUGAUAAUAGUCGUCAAAGAUUUUAUGAAUUAAUAGAAAAAUAUCCAAAUGGAGCAAUACCAGAUGAUUGGAGUUUAAUUAUGUCUUAUGGUGCUAUUAAAGAUAGAAAAUGUUGUGGUAUUGAUAAAAAUAAAAAUUUAUCGCUUAGAGAAAUGCGUUAUUUUUAUUCAUCAACCGUGUAUGAACUUUAUGCAUGA